AUGUCUGCUAAUGAUGGAACCCAAGAGAACGGUGCUGCAGGUGGUGGUGCUCCCAACACGGGUGUCAUUCGUGUUGAGAAGGGGAAGCAGCCGGUCCGACCUACAGGUGAAGAGCUUGAAGAAGAGGGCAUCGAUCCCAACCUCGACAACCCCACCGUCGAGGUGGAUGAGUUAACCGACUCCGAUGCGACUACAAACCCGGGCGAUAGUAGUGACAUAUCCGCCGACGAGCUAUUAACUGUCGAACAGGCUGACGCAAAGAGGCUAGCGAAGAAGAAAGCCAAGGCCGAACGAAAGGCAGCCAGACUAGCGAUAAAGGCGGUUCAGCAAAACAAUUUGAAGCGCAAGGCAACCACCGACGAUCUUCGGGCAGCCAACUUCAAAGUCCCGCGAACCGACACUGAUAUGGGUCGGUUUCCCCACAUCACCGGUUCGACUGUCACCCCUAAGGACAUCGUCCAAAGUCUCCAAGCCCAAAUCAGGCUGUUUGAGGCCCGUUACGCGGCGGUUAUUGAGCGUCGAGACAAGGUCGUACCUGUCGGCCCCACUCCCAACACCCAGAAGCUAUCGUCGGUCGUCCAUUCCCUCGAAGGUGUCCUAGACGAAUUGGUGGCCUUAUCGGGGGAGUUAGUGGCCGGUUUUAGGUCGGUUAAGGUUCUUUCGAUGCUGCAGCAGGUCCAGUCGAGAGGUCGACUUCUAGACAGGGAGGAGUUUGAGACGAAGAUCAACGAUAUCGAGGCUCAACUCCACAAUCACGUCGACGACACUGGACGCCGCUUACGCGCCCUCAACCAAGGGUCCGAUAACCCUGCGUUAGGGUCCACCGCCAAUGCCAAUCCGACCUCUAGCGGACCUCAAACUCCCUCGUCAAGAGGCAUCAAUCUGUCCGGUUUGAAGUCCGCCCUCAAGACCGAUGCCGAGCUGCGUGCGAUUGUGCUUGGGAUCUUCAACGACCCCACGAACUUGAACAACAGCGGCCCUGUAGCCGGCCCUUCGGGGACCUCUAACCAGUCGGCUAAUCCCCCGGCUCCCACUCACUCGUCCCACGUCUCCCCAGACAAGCGAUCGCGCACCCGUACCAACACCAAGUGGUCGUACGCUUGCCAUUAUGCUGUCAAGGAACUAAUCGGGAUGAGAGGUACCUGGGACGGUGAUUCUAUCAGCGAGCCAGGUUAUCUCCCGGAUGGAGAAUGGCCCUCGCACGAGGAAGACGACGAGGACACUGGCUUACCGGGCCCUCAACAGAUCGAUGUCGAACUGGCUAUGGGUGGGACAAGGAGCGUUUGGAGGCCUGAGUGGAAGAAGAUCGGAGAAGAACGGUGGUCUCCCUUUGUCAACGAGGUCGCCGCUCGCGUCGUCAACACCUGGAAGAUGACCAACGGGGACAGGCCCACGGUAAAUGACCUUAAACCGCUCAUUAUCAAGUACUGCAAGAACCGGUCUGGCGUCCGUCCCACGAGUGCUGAAGAAGGAGGCGUCCAUCUCGCGCGUCUGGUGAAUCGCAAGCGAGGUCAUAUAUCCGAUGACAGGUACAAGAUCUGGCCUCAGUCCCCUCCCAACCUGUGUCGAAAGGCCCCAGUUUACGCUCUGUUAAGGGCACCGCUGUUCUCGCCGACGUUGUGGCAGUGUGUCACCGAGUGA